AUUCGGUUUUUACCAAAAUACCGGUUCCAAAUUUUGUACCGAACCGAAAAUCGAUUUUUUUAAAAUAUGAGAACCGAAUUAUUCGAUUCGGUUUCGGUACGUACUAAAUUUUUCGGUUUCGGUUCAGUUCGAUCUAUUUACCAAAUUAUGCACACCCCUCAUGUUUUUUUUGGUGCAACGGAGGGAGAGAAAUGUUUCCCACUUUUCCCCUCCACAUUUUUCUGUAGGUUGCAGGCGAAAUUGCUAAGAGCUCAGCUCCGCUUCAGCCACGACAAUGUUUUCAAUCGCGGCUAUCAACGAUCCAGAUUCUAAGAGCCAAUGGGAGCCCCUAGCCCCAACGAAAGAAGCACAGGAAUUUCAUCUUUCACAAACGUAUCAUGAAGGACUUCUAAAGUUACAAGCUAAAGAAUAUGAAAAGGCCCGUGAACUUCUAGAGUCUGUUUUGAAAGACCCUUUAAUUGUAAUUGACAGGGGAAACAGCAGUUCCACCGAUGGCCAUCUUUUACAGCUUAGAUUUUUGGCACUGAAGAAUCUAGCUGCUGUUUUUCUUCAACAAGGUUCUGCCUAUUACGAAAAUGCUUUACAGUGUUAUCUUCAAGCUGUUGACAUCGAUACAAAAGAUUCUGUAAUCUGGAAUCAGCUGGGAACUCUUUCUUGCUCAAUGGGGUUACUUAGCAUUUCUCGCUGGGCAUUUGAACAAGGGUUAUGUUGCAGUCCCAAUAAUUGGAAUUGUAUGGAAAAGCUCUUGGAGGUUCUCAUUGCUAUUGGUGAUGAGGUUGCAUGCCUUUCUGUCGCUGAACUAAUUUUAAGGCAUUGGCCAUCUCAUUCUCGUGCUUUGCAUGUUAAAAAUACUAUUCAAGAGUCUGAACCAAUUCCUUUCUCCCCGAGAGGUAUAGAUAAGCUGGAGCCAAAGCAUAUCCGAUUGAAAUUUACGGAUAAGAGAAAAAGAAUAGAAAAUGACCCGGAUGACAUUGCGAAUAAAAGGUUGAAGCAAUGCACAGAGUUUUAUCUUCCAGAACUUUCUUUCACUGGCCUUGCUGGUGAACUCCUAAAGAUAUUACGCACAUUGGCUGAAUGUGGUUCUGAACAUGAAAAAGGAAAGUAUAGGUCCCGUGACACUAGAAUUACUAUACAAUUACCUGGAAUUUCACAAAUGAGUGUAGAGUCAGCACAAAGUAAUGAACCUAUUUCCUCUCAUGCCAAUGAAAGUAGUUUCAAUGGUGAUUGCAGCUCUGAUAAAUGUAUUAUUCCAAGAGAAAAGGAAACAGUCAGUUAUGGGGAGCAACCUCAAGAGAGGCGAAGUAGCCGGCUUGAACGACUCAGGAGUCGAAAGCCAGGUAAAGAAGAAUCAGAUUUUAUUGCCAACAAGGAUCUAGCUGCAACUGUAAUAAAGUUCCUACAACCUUUUGUUGUUAAUGGAUCUAGAAUUGGAGAAUGUAAUGGUGAAACUAGUAGCUCUUUUCAAGGUAAGACUGCAGAUGAAUCUCUUUACUACGAAUGUAAUGAUGUAAUGAAAUUCAUCAAGAAAACUAGCAGAAAUUGUGGUGCAUAUCACAUGGGCCACUUGCUUUUACAUGAGGUCGCUGCUAGAGGCAUUCUGUAUCAGGAAAGCAUUACUAAUUUUUUGGACUUAGAGAAGCUGACAAGGCAUUGGGGUCAGGAAAGAACUCCUGAAUGUUGCUUAUUUCUUGCCGAGCUAUAUUAUGAUGCUGUAGUGCUCUCAAGGGACAAAUCAACAAUGACACUCUUCAUGGCACAUGCAUCUUAUCAUCUCUGUAAGAUUAUUGAAAAUGUUGCAUCAGAUUACCCAUUACACCUUAACGAUGUGGAUGUAGAUGAAAUUCACAUAAACUGUUCUGGCAGCACUCUAAAGAAAAAUUAUCCCUUUUGGAUUCGUUAUUUUUGGUUAAGCGGGCAGCUAUCAAAGUUGGAUGGUGACAAAACCAAAGCUCAAGAAGAAUUCUCCAUUUCAUUGGCACUGUUGACAAAUGAGGAAAAUAAGAAUGACACUCAGCCAGUUUGCUUGCCUCACUGCAAAAGUAUUAAAAAGUUAAAUGUUGAUAGGGUUCUCCAUGAACUUCACUUAUUGGAGGUUGAAUUUCUUUUGAAGGAUUCUAUUAAUAAAAAGAUUGAUGAGAAUUUGCACUCUGAAUGCGUAGAGAUUCUUGCUCCUCUGCUAUUUUCCUCAAAAGAUGUCCAUUUGGGUGCAUUAUGCAUCAGCAGUCAAGGAAGUGGCUCAGGUGACGAGUUUACUUCCGUCGAACUAUCUGCAAUAAAUGUUUUACUGAAGGCAUGCCAACAAAUAGAACCGAUGAAUAUUGAUGUCUGCUUGAAAUGUCAUCGAAGGAAAUUACAGAUACUUGUUGCUUUAGCUGGUGAAACAGAAUCAAGAGAAAGCCCAACAAUGCCACACCACAACUUAUUUGCUGAAGAAGUGAAGGCAAUUUCCCAGUGUGCCACGCGGAUAAAGAGCACUGUGUCUGCAACUUCAAAUGUUCAUGUUCCAACAACUAUUCUUGGCGAUAUUCAUUCAUUUCUGUUAAGGCUUAUGUGCAAAAUCGCCAACACAUAUUUACGUCAAAGAUCCUCUAUGAUGGACUGUUCAGAUCGAAGUGAACCAAACAAUAGAUGCUACUUUGUUGAUGCUGCCAUUGCUUUCUGUAAACUUCAACACUCAAUUGCCAAUGUGCCUAUUAAAUCUCAGAUAGAGUUGAUUGUGGCAGUCCAUGACAUGCUUGCUGAGUUCGGUCUCUGCUGUGCUCGCUUGGAUGGAGAAAAGGAAGAAGGAACAUUUUUGAAAUUCACAAUAAAACACCUUUUGGCCUUGGAUAUGAAGCUUAAGCAUAAUUCUCAGGUUGAUCCACAGUCUGCACAUGCCAAAAGGUCUGAGCAGCUUUCUCACUAUAACCAUUCUGAAAGCUCACUGAAUGAAUUGAACUUGGAUAUGCUGAAUGUGGAAGUAGCCCAGAAAGGUGUAGCUGAAGCUAACAUUUAUAAUGGCAAAACUUCCCCUGAUAAUUGUUUAGAAAGUGAGAAGAGAGAAGUUGGUGAGGGGUCUAGAUUAGGGAAAGCAAAUUAUUCGUUUGAAUGUGAGAUUGAACUGACUGCAGCUGAAAGGGAGGAGCUUGAAAACAGGAUUGACAAUGCCUUAAACCAGUGUUUUUUCUGCUUGUACGGUCUGAAUCUUAGGUCUGAUUCAUCUUAUGAAGAUGACUUAGCCACCCACAAGAACAGGAGCCAGUGCGAUUAUCAGACAAAGGAACAAUGUGCUGAUGUUUUCCAAUACUUACUUCCCUAUGCCAAAGCUUGCUCUAAAACUGGACUGACCAAACUUCGAAGGGUUCUAAGAGCUAUUUACAAACAGUUCACAAAACCCCCUGAUGAUUUUUUAGCUGGAAAUGCAAUCGAUAGAUUCUUGGAUGAUCCUGAUUUGUGUGAAGAUAAACUUUCAGAGGAAGCAGGAUCUAAUGACUUCCUUGCUUCCAUGAUGAAUAUAAUUUUUUCAGACCCUGGAGGCCUCAAGCAACAUAAAGUGUCUAUUGAACAGAGAUCGGAUCCAUACCUUGAAGUUUAUAGCAGUUUAUAUUAUCUUCUUGCUCAGUCUGAAGAACUUAGUGCAACUGAUAAAUGGGCUGGUUUUGUUCUUACCAAGGAAGGGGAAGAUUUCGUGCAACACAAUGCAAAUCUUUUCAAAUAUGAUUUACUAUACAAUCCAUUCCGCUUGGAGAGCUGGAAGCAGCUUGGAAACAUCUAUGAUGAGGAGGUGGAGUUACUGCUUAAUGAUGGUAGUAAGCAAAUAAAUGUCACGGGAUGGAGGAAUAAUGCUAAGCUACCAGAGAGAGUUGAAGCAAGCCGAAGGAGGAGCAGGCGGUGCUUAUUGAUGACCUUAGCUCUGGCAAAGACAGCAGCUCAACAGGCUGAGCUGCAUGAGUUAUUGGCACUAGUGUAUUAUGAUGGCCUUCAGAAUGUAGUACCUUUCAAUGAUCAAAGAUCUGUUGUACCAUCCAAAGAUGAAGCUUGGAUUCUGUACUGUAAAAACUCAAUGAUGCAUUUCCAGAAGGCGUCUGCACACAAGGAAGAUUGGUCUCAUGCAUUUUACCUGGGAAAACUUUGCGAGAAGCUUGGAUACUCAAAUGAUAUGGCAUUCUCGUACUAUGCUAAAUCCAUGGCCUUGAACCCAUCAGCUUUAGAUCCAUUCUACAGGAUGCAUGCUUCAAGGUUGAAGUUACUUAUCACAUGCGAAAAGAUAAAUGAAGAUGCUUUAAAGGUUGUAGCUACAUAUUCUUUCAAUCAAUCUACAAAGGAAGCUGCAGUGGAUGCCCUUCACAAAGUUGGCAUUAAAAUGCUGCCAUCUUUGUCUACAGAGGAUAUCAGCUCUAAUGCUUGCUGUGAGAAUAAAAGGAUAGUGAGUUUACACAAACUUGAAGAGGUUUGGCAUAUGCUUUAUAGAGAUUGCCUUUCAGCCCUUGAAGUUUGUGUAGAAGGGGAUCUUAAACAUUUCCAUAAGGCUAGGUAUAUGCUUUCUAAAGGAUUGUACAGAAGAAAUGGGGACGGUGAUCUGGAGAGGGCAAAGGAGGAACUUUCGUUCUGCUUUAAAUCACACCGUUCUUCCUUUACAAUAAACAUGUGGGAGAUUGACAGUACAGUGAAAAAAGGAAGGCGCAAAACGUCUGGUGUGUCAGGGAACAAGAGAGCCCUCGAAGUUAACCUUGCUGAAAGUUCAAGGAAGUUUAUUACUUGCAUCCGCAAGUACAUAUUGUUCUAUUUGAGAUUGCUGGAGGAGACAAGAGACGUGUCCACCUUUGAUCGGGCUUAUAUUUCUCUCCGGGCAGACAAAAGGUUCUCUAUAUGCCUUGAAGAUCUCAUUCCAGUUGCUCUUGGGCGAUACAUAAUGGCAUUAGUUUUGUGUCUACGUGAUAUUACUGGCCCCAAUGAGAAAUCUGCAGAACAUCUUCUGGAGAAAAUGUUCCAUCUGUUCUUGGAACAAACCAGUUUAUGGUCAGAUAUUUGUAGCUUUCCGGAAAUUAAGAGCCGAGACAUGACAGAAAUACACUUAUUUGGAUAUCUCAAUCAAUAUGUCCAAUUAUUGAAGCAAAAUCUCAAGGUAGAGACACUUGAAGCAAUACAUGAAAAGAUACGGAAGCGUUUAAAGAACCCAAAGUUGUCCAAUAGUAACUUUGCAAAAGUUUACAAGUAUGUUUCAGUUGCUUGGUGUCAAUCUCUUGUAAUUAGCAUGGCAUUGAUCACACCACUACAUGCAAGACUUCCAAGUGAAACUCAAUCUCUCAAUCAGUCUGGAUUAGAAAACACACAUCUUUUGAGUAUUGAUAUGCAACCAGAUGAGCUAUGGAGUUCGUCUUCGGACGACCCUGAUCACAUGCAGAAUCUUGAAAAAAAAUGGAACCCUUUGUUGCUUAAGAUCAAGAAUGUUAUAAUCAAGAGAGCAUCAGAUGAUGAUUUAGAGACUGCUUCUUUUGAUAACUUUAGAAGAAUAUUAGAGAUGUUCCUGUGGAGAACACGCAAAGAAGAAAACACCCGGAUGUGUGAGAACGUACCAGUUACGUUGGGUGUCUCGUCCGCGGUAAAGUACUGUGAAGAAAACUUGAAGUCAAGGAUGAAAAAAGGAACAGGAAGUUCUUUCCCUUCGCCUGCAGCUGCUACCACGACUUCUCAGUCAGGUUGUGGAAAAGAUGGAGGAGAAUUAGAGGCUUCUCCUCUAUUGACUACCGUCUCUGCUUUGUCAACUGCACCCGACUGUACUCACAUGACACUUCUAGCUGCACCCGAGAUUGAGAAUAGAGAUGGUUCUCGAAAUACGCCUGCUACCUCAUCUUUGCCUAAGUAGGGUUUUCUUCAGGGAGGUCCUUAUCGACAGAGAGAGCAUUUAGAAUAGAAAGAAAUGUUAAGAGCCAAACAUUGCUUUCCCUAAUAGGAAAGUAAGAAAGCGUGCACUUCAUCUUUUUUGGACAUAUGGAGUAUUUGGAAGGGAAAAGAUAUUGCCCAUAGCUUUUCUAAGUGUCGCCAAAGAAAAACAUCCCGGCGCACCCAUGGUUGAUCUUAGAUUUAUGGUUUGCAUUUGAUGCUGGGGUCCCAUAAAUUUAUCAUAGCGGUCGAAAUCUGUGGCUCAAGGAGAUAGGCAUGCCAGUCAACUAACUGGUCUUGGCAGAUGCAUUUAGAAACUGGAUCCCAAGAGAGGCUCGAUGGUUGCUGCAUGCCUUUAACACACCAAAGUGUUAUGUGCCUCUUUCCUUAUAAAGAUAGAUAGCUCCUUUUGCGGUUGCACCCCAAACGUAGAUGUGGGCCUUCUCUAGGGAAAUCAACGACGAGUUAAAUCUCAUGAGUGGUGUUCGGGUUCGGGUUUGGAUGUACAGAGACUCUAUCCCUAUGUAUAAAAGAUGGGAAGGCUGUUCUUGACCAGAAAUCAUACUGUUUGGUUACAUUUAUCUUGAUAUUCCUGAAAGGUUGGACGUAUACUCUACAUAAUUAAUGUUCUUAUAAUUGGCAUAAUAAGGUACUGUACUAUAA